CCGCCGCGUGUCGCUGCACCACGCCCGGCAUGCGACCCGGCGCCGCCUGUUUCUCCACAAACCACACACAUCACUACCGCGCGCCCCUGUGCCGGCGGCGGCAUGUUGGGCGCGCGGCUCAAGUCAUGGAUGGAAGCGCAGCUGGGGCGGGCGAAGAAGCGUAAACAAAAGCAGUCGCGGGUAACGUCGACUGCUACGACUGGACCACUUCCCCCGCCUCAUCUUUCAUCACCGGAGAGCGCGUAUAGCACAGGGUAUUCUACAGAUGGCACAUCGCCGGGAGCGCCGCCCGCCACGCUCGCCGCUCCGCUCGUGGCGCCCCCGCCGCCUCCUGCGCCUCCUACCACACACUUAUACCACGAACCUGCUAAGCGGCGAACCAACGCACCGUCACGGAGAUGCGUUCCUGAGCCACCUAUAGUAUGCGCGACGCCAUCGCCUCGGCCCCGCUGUCGUAUCCGCACAAAUCCAUGGCUUGGUGCCACAUCUCCAAACCGCAGACGACCACCGCACUUGGUGCACCAGCAGUCGCUGCAGUGUCCACAGCUUCCGCAGUUGCACCAUGCACCGUACUCCCUCGACUCGUAUCCAGUUAGAUAUGGAUCUAGGUCUCCUCACUUAUCACCACAUUUAUCCCCACACUUGUCACCUCACAUAUCACCCGAGCCUCGAUCACCUUAUUAUCGAGGAGGAGCUUCGAGUGAUGAGGAAUGCAGGGGGAUGAGAACAAGAGGCAGGGAGACGGCCAUCUUGUCGGAUGCGGACGUGGAUUCAGAUGGAGACACUGGGCUGGAUGGUGGGGACGAGGAUGACGACGACACAGCGUCGCCGGGGAGGAGGCGCGCGAGGCGAAGAAGACCGCCCCGGCGGCCACCGCGAUCUGCUGGGGCAACACCACCUCGAGUCAGACGCCGUAAUCAUGCACCGUCAGCUCCUCCAGUAAGAGAGAGGGAUCCUUUGCUCGAAGCUGAUAGGGAAGCUGAGAGGAAAUACCGCGAGCUUAUCCGGGAGGCUGAGAAGCUGCUAGUGACGGUCUCGAGGGCACCGCUGGAACCGCCACACAAUCCGCGCAUCAGGGAACUUAGAGCGACUGAGGUAGAAGCCCCCCGCCGCAGCCCUGAACGCACCCACAUCACGAAUUUCAUGCGUGCAAACUCUCCCGAGCCAGCCCGCCGCCCCUCCCCGCUAGCGAGGCGCUCCCCCCUCGCCGCGCCGCCGCCACCGCCCGUCGCGCCCCGUACCAGGCAACCGCUUGACUGUGCUGAUCGGCCGCACUCUGAACCACCUAAACGGAAAGCAUAUGCUCGAGAUGAGGUGUUGCAAACUCUGGAGGGGUUGAGGAAAAGUUUACAGCAACAAUCAGCGCUGCUUGCCGUGCAGCGCACGCGGUUGGACUCGCUCUAGCCCUACUCCUAACCUCUCCCGUCCUGCCAAACCCUAGCUUUAGACCUUUUAUGUUACCGUCGACAUGUAGUGUAGGCCGUUUAAUCGAGUCUUUUAAUAUGUGAUAUUGAUUGAAAAAAAAUAAGCGAACACGCGUUUAUGUUAUGAUUUUGAGCUGAUAUUUUAUACUAGUAGCACGUCCUGGGUUCUCACGUUUUUUUUUAGAUAAAAUUCAACCUGUGUUAUUCGCUGUGAAAGAAUUUUUAAUAUCGGUUAAAUAGUUUUUAGGUCAGUUUUUACAAACAAUCAAAUAAAAAAAAAAUUCUCUUCAUGUUUACUCGUAAUAUUAGUUUACGUUUAGACAAAUUUUCAUAAAUUGGAAUUUACUUACGAAUUUCUGUUUCUAGUAUCUAUCCUAUUAUGUCUAUAUAUUACGGCUUCCAAUAACUAUCAGAGAACAUAAGUUCAAAUUUAUUAUAGUUUGUAAAUGUACCUAAAGUGAAUAAGAAGCAAUAAUAGUUUAUCUACUAUUACCUAUUAGGUUCUGUUUACAAUAUUUUUGCAAGAAAAAUAAAAUUAAAUCUUAAUAUAAAUUAAACCUUAGAUUAUAAUUAUUACCUAGUUUACAGAGACUUAAAGAAUAAAGGUAUCAAUUCAUCAUCAAUAAAUCAAUUGCUCAAUUAUCUAUGAAACUUUUUUUAAGUAAUAAAAUUUAUAAUUGUUAUUUUUUUUUUCUUUUUUUGUACUUUACAUAAAGACAAGAAUAAACGGCCAGUAGUUCUUCCAUAUCUCCCUGUCUAGUCCCUCCAUGAUUUCUAGUCUAGUUAAUAUUGGAGUUAGAUUAAAAACACUGUUACAUACAAUGUUUUCUACUGUAAUAAUAUUAUUAUAAUAAUCAAGUAUCAAAUGAAAAGACAUUAAUUUAAUUUAUUGUGCUUGUGUUUUUAUAAAUAGUCAAUUAAGUGUUAUUUGUCAAUUUGAUUUUAUUGAAUUUAUACCUUUUAUAAGUUAAGCCCUUAGUUUUUUAAAUUAAUUUUUUAAAUUGUUCCUUAUUAGUGAUGUGACAAUGUUUUUAAGAUAAUCCUUUAUCUAUUAUAAUGUUUAGUGUAGUACUUGUUACCGUUUCGUAUAGGCGAGGCCACUUUUACUAUCUUCCAAUAGUUAUUGUAGUGUCAUUUUAUUAGUAGGUAUUUUAGUGAAUAAAACUGUAAGGUCAUAUGGAAAUUGGGGACCCUGUAUUUUUUUACUAUUUCCAUAGUAAAAUUAAUAUCGAUAGUUAAAAUAAAAUGGAUAUGGUGAUGGAUAGGUCCAAGAUGUCUUCAGAAUAAAGAAUGUCGUGUACCUUUUUUUAAGAAGAAGGACACUGGUCUAUGGAAAGGUAUAAUUUUGUAAUCUAUGUAUCAAAGGAUAAACAUUAUUUUUUUUUGUUUCAUACAAUUAAUAUUUUUUAAUAAGUAGACUUAACUUUUUUUAAAGAUUUAAUUAUUAAUAUCAUAUACGUGGUUAUAAAGUUUUAAAAUAUUAGUUUUCUAUAGACUACGACCUGCAUAAUACUAAGUUGUUCCCCAAUUUCGGCUAAAACAAGCCGCAUACAUACAGGUUAGAUGUUCUGAGUAGCAGUGUACUCAAGUAGCGCCGUAGUAUUAGCACUAGCGAGCGGUCUCUAGCUAUAGGGUAAGGCGGCAAACAGUGCCACGGCGUACUAAGACUGCAAUAUAUCUAAUAUACACAAUGUUUACUCGUUAUAUUAUACGCUCGGUGGUUAUUUGGGACGUUUUUUUAUUAAUUAUUUAUGUACGUAUGUAUAAAUUCCUUUGCAUCGUAGAGAAAUAGAUGACAAUAUUGUUCUAAUAUAAAAAUUAAAUGUAGAAUUCAUUCACCUCGAUUUUUGAAAUACGCGCGCUACUACCUUUUAUUUAAGCUAUAUGGAGCAAAAGAAUAAUUGAGGUGAAUGAAUAAAAAAAUUGGAAUUAUGAAAGUAUGACGACAGAUCCCGUUCACACCAAAAUACAAUGUUGUGUUUUAUAUUUUAUAUGUAUAUCACAACGUGUAUAAAAAUUUAUAUAAAAUCUACUUGUGUAGAUAAGAUGUAUAUGUUGGAAACAUGACGAUGAAUUGUUUAAAAUUUCAUUUUAAUGUUAUGUAUACAUAAUAAUAAACACAAUCCUACGAACAAAAAAAAAAUAAUUGAGCUUGAUUAAAAAUAUUAACAGUGUAAGUAUGCUUUAUUUUGGUUUAGUCCAGUAAAUAUUAAAUAUACAAGUAUAGAAAAAUAAAAUACUAAAUGUGUUCACUAAAAUAAUUAUUGAUUUUUAAAAUUAAAAUAUAUCUAAGUAUACUUUGUGCGUUGUAGCUUGAUGCGGUUGACAGCUGAUAUUUUGGCAAUUUAUGUUGUCAAAGAAGUGUAUUGAGUGAGAUUUUUGUAGUUAACGUAAAUUUAAUAAAUAAUAGCUGAUAAUAUUUUGUUACAAUGAAAUACUUAUUUGAAGCUACAAGUUACAUUUUAAUAUUUUAUUUUCUGUCACUCGCAUCAUACUAAAACGAUGAUUCCGUUUGUUUUAUGAUCCCAACAAACAACCGAGCACUUGGGGUGGGCCACACAUGGUCAACCCAUAUUUUUGUUAGUGCAAUUUUGAGGGAGGGAGCAAUGUAUGCAAUCAUCCCUCAGCUAAAUGUAAAUAUUUAUCCAUUUACUUGUUUAAUGUAAGUAUAAAUAAGAUUUAUACGUUUAGUUGAAUUUUCAUUAAAAAUAUUAUAUUAAAAAAGA